UUCCCCAUUUGCAAAUUUUGCAAUUCCUUUUCAUUCUUGCAGUCCAUUCAGCUAUGGCCUCAGGCAAAUCAUUCAUCACAAUUUUCCUUCUUGCUGUGAUCUGCUCAAGCAUGAACUUGAGCCUAGCAGCUCGCCAUCUCAUGCAAACAACAACUACACCAACUGCACCAAAUUUGCCAAGCGUUCCCUCUUUGCCUAAACCAACAAUGCCACCUUUGCCUUCAAUGCCAACAUUGCCUCAGGGCAAUUUUCCCACUUUCCCACUGCCAACAUUGCCUACUAUCUCAUCUUUGCCUCCACUUCCAAGCAUCCCUACCAUUUCAAUUCCAACACUUCCACAGAACAACCUUCCUCCAUUGCCCAACAUGCCCUUAUUCCCCACAAUUCCAACCACUAUACCCUCUAUCCCAUUCCUCUCCCCACCACCUUCAACCUCCACCCCCUAAACACUUUCAUUUGUUCAUCCAAGGCUAGCUGGCCUAUGACUUUGGUAUAUAUCUCUGCCAAGUCGCACAAUAUGGUUAGUAGAAUCCAUGCAAUAGAUAUGGUUUGAUUCCUUUCGUAUAUGUGAGAGCUUUGUAUGAGGUUAUCGU